AAAAUGUAGAAACUGCAAUGACUCAUUUGAUUAAAAUUGUAAAUGAAUAACGAAAUGUAGAAAUCGUAUGAAUCGUCGAAAUGAUACAUCUAGUGGUUUUGCAAAAUAUCGAACAAAUACUGUGUAUAAUUUUUAAAUACUUUAUUAAGAAAAACUAGUUACAUUAUAUUUUUCCUCUUUUUCUUUUUGUGAUGUCUAUGGUUUUCAUAAAUUUUCGUCUUCCGAAAAAGUUGUGGUUGGCAAGUGAUGGUGCGCCUAAGGUUUGGUUGAAACAAUUGCUGUCGGUGAAAGAACAGUGAAAGAAGACUAGAAUACAAACAAUUAACUCAUACGAUCUCUCUACUAUUGUCGUACACAUAUAUUAAAUAAAAGUUCAAUCAAAAUUAAUGUGAAUGAAUAUUUAUCAUGUUCAAAGUCAAGAUCUGUUUGCGAAAUCUUUAAAACCAAUUAGUGUUCACGUACUUGCUUCUAAAAUCGACGCUUUGUGUGCCAAUAUUGGGCACAUGCAAUGGGACAAAGAGAGAUUUCUAUCUAAAGCUAAUGCAAAAUAAAAGCAAAAACAAUGCCUCAAACGACCACUAUUGAAACUCUUACCAUAACCAGACCACUUAAGGUGAUCGCGUUUAUAUGUGGGAUCAUAGUGGUGCUGUUAAUGAUAAUGGGUCUGGCGUCGACCGACUGGUUAAUGGCUCUGGGAUGGAGACAAGGAUUGUUUGCUCAUUGCAUCGAGGAAGGUGCCCCGACGCCUCUUCCUUUCAACAUGCCCGAUCCUCCAGGAUGUUAUCCUGCAAGAGACAGCGCUUACAUUAAAGCGGCUGCAGCCUUGUGUGUAGUAUGCCUCAUAACGGACAUCGCUGCAACAAUACUCACUGGUUUGGGUUUACGCACGAGAGAUCACAAUGAUAAAUACAAAUAUUACAGAUUUGCAGUGUACUGCAUGGCUAUUGCACUGGUGUGCCUCUUGAUAGCACUGGUCAUAUAUCCCAUAUGUUUCGCAGCAGAAUUGAAUCUUGGAAAUCGAACCAAUUGGGAAUUUGGCUGGGCCUAUGGCGUUGGUUGGGGUGCAGUUAUUUUCCUGAUUGGAGGAGCAGUACUGCUGCUGUGUGAGAAAGAAAGCGAGGAAAUUUAUUACAAGGAAAAGAAGACUGUUCGCGACGACAUAGGAAGUGGUGGUUCCAUGAUCGGCAUGGGACAUCACGCUGGACGAAGUGGAACGCAGCUAGCCUAGUGGCAUUGCUCCCUGCCCGAUGUUGUUCUCUAGGUGAUUUAUUUUGUUUCUUUAUGCUCUCACAGUUCAACACAUGCGCAUACGAAAAGAUAUACAAGCUAUAUAAGAAUGGUUUUUCGGUAGGGUGUGUUUUUGGCUAAUUCAAAGAAAACUAUCCUUACAGAUUCUCCGAUCAAUUUAGAGUAAAUUUUUUCUUAAUACAUAAAUGUUGAAGUAUCAAUAGUUUAUUCACUUUUAUAUAACAAAGUAAAAUUUU